UGAGACAUCGAGUCGACUUUGGAUCGAACUGUCAAAGAUUAUGUCAUACCAAAUGAAUUAUGACAUAAGUCAAAAAUUGGCAAAAAUAUACCAAAAACAGAUGUAAAGAAAGAUCUUUACAACUGUUUAGUGACGAUGUACUUCAGCUACGACUGUUUUAAUAUAUAUUUUAAUUUAUUACAGACAAAAAAUUGUGUAUUAUAUAUUUUUUGCAAAUAAUAACACAUCGUUUUACAAUUGUUAUUCGUGAAAGUGCGCGCUCUUGUUAAAAACGAAGUAAAGUUGACCAUGCACGAUGUUGGAAGGUCUUGUAGCUUGGGUUUUGAACAACUAUCUCGGGAAGUAUGUGGAAAAUCUGAACACCGAUCAGCUGAGCGUCGCUCUGCUUUCUGGCAAAGUAGAGUUAGAAAACCUUCCUCUAAAGAAAGAUGCCUUGAGAUACCUGGGUCUUCCAGUCGAAAUAAAGGCAGGCUUCAUAGGCAAAGUUCAACUACAUGUCCCGGUGCGUCAAAUACGGUCAGCACCAUGGCUUAUUGCCAUCGAAAAGUUAUAUCUAGUGGCGGCUCCAGUUAAUUUAGAUGAGUGGGAUAGCGCAGUCGAGGCGACGAUCGCCCACGAGCGCAAGAUGGCGCUGCUGGACGCACUGGAGGCGCAGUGGCGAGCCGAGCACGAGGCCAGCGACGCCGGAUACUACGCCGCCUCCUACUCCUCCUGGCUGAGCUACGGCACGGGUCUGCUCGCCAAUAUUGUCGAAAAUCUUCAGCUAAAGUUAAACGACGUGCACAUUCGCUACGAGGACGCACUGACGUGUCCGGGCCGCGCGUUCGCGUGCGGGCUCGCGGUGGAGUCGCUGGCGGCGGAGUCGUGCGACGCGGGCUGGCGGCGCGGGUUCACUCCACUCGACGACCCCUGCUCCUUCAAGUUGCUCGAGCUGCACAACCUCGCACUGUACUGGGAUCCCAUGCCGGUGCCCGCCGGCAUGAUGGCCGACUGCACGAUCGCCGAACUCACCGAGCGCAUGCGCGCCACGUGGUCGGGAGCGCACCGCUACAUGCUGGCGCCCACCACGGCCAGCGCGCGCGUGCGCCGCGAGCGCUGCGAGCUGCCGCUGCGGGACCGCAACCGCCCGCGCCUCGCCUGCCAUCUCACUCUCGACUCGGUGCAGAUGCGCCUCACGGCGAGGCAGUACAGCGAGAUGGCGGGCUGCGCGCGCGGGCUGGAGCGCGUGGCGCGCCUGCGCGAGCUGCGCGCGCUGCGGCCCGAGCGCGGCGUGCGCGGCCACGCGCGCGACUGGUGGCGCUACGCCGUCAAGGCGCAUCUGCCGCAUCACACCUGGAUGGAGGCGCGGCCGACGUGGGAGGAGUGCGCGGGGCGGGCGCGGCUCGUGCGCGAGUACGUGGACGCGUGCCUGCAGGUGCUCAGCCAGCCCGCCGCCACGUUGCCGGCGGAGCGCCAGGCCGCCAAGGACGACUUCGAGUGGCGCACGCCGCUCCACGUACUCAAGGCACUGCGAGAGGUGGCGAUACGCAAAGUUCCAGUGUCCACCCCAGUAUCGACUCCCGAGCAGUCGAGCUCGGGCCGCAGCGUGCUGGUGCGUUGGUUUCCGCAGUGGUGGGGUUGGUACGCGACUCCGCCCACUAACGAGCCGCGUCCUCCGAGUCCCACCACCCUCAACGCCGCCGCCAGUGUCACCACCGGCGCGACGGCCGCCUCUCGACUCGAAGAUGAAAUUCUCGACGUCAUCGCCGACUCGCUCGACGACAACACAUUACUCAGACGCGACGCUCUUUUCGGUCUCUUCGAAUUCACCCUAUCGAAGGGGUCGCUGGACCUCUGCACCGAUGCCGAUGAAAACGCCAGCGCUCCGAGCGGCGCGGCGGAGGGCGAGGGCCUGGAGCUGCAGUUCAGCACCGUGUGCGUGCGCGUGGAGUCGCGGCCCCGCGCGGGCGCGCACGCGCUGCACGUGUCGCUGGGCGGCGUGUGCCUGCGCGACCGCAUCACGCCGCACACGCUGUUCCCCGUGCUGGUGGCGCCGCAGGGCCUCAUCCGCGACGGGCUGAGCGCGGCGGGCCGGCGCGACCCGCACUACGCGCCGCAGCCGCCGCCCGCCGCCGGCGACGAGCCGCUGUUCCAGCUCAGCUACGAGAAGCGGCCCGCCGGGAUCAACUGCGACUACAAGCUGCGCGUGCGCUCGAGCUCGCUGGAGGUGGUGUGGUGCGCGGCGGCGGCGCGCUGGGCGCGGCGCUGGGCGGCGGCGGGCGCGGGCGCGGGCGCCAUCGCGCACGUGCGCCUGCACACGCGCGCCACGCUGCACCACCACUGGGACCGCCUGCUGCACCACACGCGCCGCCCGACCGAGCGGCGCUCGUGGCAGGUCGAGCUGGACAUAUCGGCGCCGCAGAUCCUGUUCGUGGAGGACUUGUGCGAUCGCGACGCGUCGGUUCUCGUCGUCGACUUCGGACGCCUGAAGCUGGCCAAUGCCAAUUUGCCCGACGACACCAGCACCAGUACCCUCAAACAACAGUCUCUGGACGACGACGAAGAGAUGUUCAUGACGCCGUGCUCGACGCCGCCCGGCAGCCUGCUGUCGCCCGCGUCGCCGCCCGCGUCGCCGCCGCCGCAGCCCGCGCUGCACCACCACCUGCGCACCAGCCUCUACGACCGGUACAAAAUCGAGCUGAGCGAGCUGCAGAUCCUGGUGGGUCGCGCGCGUGACAACUGGAAGUACGCGCACACCAAGACCACGUCCGCUCUGCAUCUGCUCGACCGCUUCAGCAUCUCGCUGCAGGCGGAGCGGCGCGUGGUGGCCACGUCGGAGCCGCAGUACCCGCGCCUGGCGCUGUGCGGCUCGCUGCCGGCGCUGGUGGCGCACCUGAGCGAGCACAAGCUGUCGGCCGUGCGCGCCGUGCUGGCCAGCGCCGCGCCCGCCGCGCCCGCCGCGCCCGCCGCGCCCGACGCGUCGCCCAACCAAGAAGGCGCCCAGGACGCCGAGGACGAGGACGGCAAUGAAAACACGGAGACGGAAUUCUCAGAUUUCUCCUUGAAUCAAAACGCUACCCUGCUCAUGUUACAGUUUGCCAUCGAUCAGAUGUCUCUCGAGGUGCAGUCGCGCGGGCGCAGUAUCGCGGAGGUGCAGGUGUGCGGCGUGCGCGCGGCGCUGGGCGUGCGCGCGGCCGACACGUCGCUGGCGCUGUCCGUGCACUCGCUGCUGCUGGUCGACGCGCUGCAGACCUACGGGCCCGACUUCGAGCUGCUCGUGGCCAGCCACCGGCACGUCGGAAUGGACACAGCGUCGGGCAGCAUCCGCGGCUCGGAGCCGACGUCGCCCACGUCGCCUGCAUCUCCGGACGCGCGCUCACCGCUGCCGCCGCCCACGCCGCUGGCGCUGCACCGCGCGCUGUACUCUCUGCACCACGCCACCAGUGGACUAGCGUCCAAUAAUGCCGAGCCGGGACGGACGAGUCCGACCCCGAGCUGGCCGACCGGUCCCAGUUGGAAUACGAGUUACACCUACGGAACCGCCGGCUCGACCUGGGGAACGAGCUCCUCCGCAUGGGGCCCCGGCGGAACGGGCUGGGGCGCCGAAGGCGCCUCCUGGGGGAACGCCAACGGCUGGGGUGCCCCGGGUCUGGUCGACUCCGAGGCCCUGAUAGCCGUGGAGCUCUGUUUCGUGAAAGGCGAGGGCGACUCCGAGGACUUGAGGAUCGCGAAUAUCCUGUUCAACAAUUUGGACGUCAUCGCGAACCAAGAGACCAUAGUGGAGCUGAUCGGGUUCGCGCACCGCGUGUGGGGCCCCGCGCGCCGCGCGCCGCCCGCGCGCGCCGGCGCCGCGCCCGCGCCGCCCGCCGCCCCCGCCGCGCCCGCCGCGCCCGCGAAUGGUAUUCGUCAGCAACGCGUGCGUACGGAGAUCACGUUUGACUUUCAUCGCCUGGGCGUUCUCCUGCUGCGUGCGGGCGUGCGGGACGGCACGGUGGUGGCCAGCAAGAUCGCCACCGCCACCGUCGGCGACGCGCGCAUACAGGCCACGCUCGACGGCGAUCGAAUCGAGGUGGGCGGGUCCCUGGGUGGAGUCCAAGUGAUGUCACUGUCGGAGCGUGCGGGCAUACACACGCGCGUGUUGUCCGCCGGCCGAGCACCCGCCGCGCCAGCGCAUCACGCGCACCAGCCGCCUCGCCCGCCCUCGCACUCCACCAGCGACGAGAAGGCGUUGCUCUUCUCCAUAUCCAGGACUAUAAGACCCGCGACACCGCAAGAUACAAAAGGGGGUGAGGUCGAGGGGGUGGAGGUGGUGGAGGUGCAGGUGUCGGUGCGCGUGGCCAGCGUGUGGUACACGCACUCGGGCCCGCUGCUGCGCGAGCUGCAGUCGUGCGUGGCGGAGUUCCAGCAGUACCUCGCCAACCUGGCGCGCUCCAUCCGUGCCGCCGCCGCCGACAUGGCCAUCGGCCUCGUGCAUCCCAGAGGUGACUCGCUGUAUGCAAACCCUCGUCUGUCUCAGUCGGUCGAAGGGGUCUCGCCGAGGAGACGAACUACGAGCGUGGGCUGUUCGCUCGAUGAGCCCGAUCGUGAUUCGCGGCAGAUCGUUUUUAGCGUGAGCGUGGAGCUGGAGUCGCCCGUGGUGGUGCUGCCCCGCGCGGCUCGCAGCGCGCAGGUGUUCGUGGCGCACCUCGGGCGCAUGAGCCUCAGCAACCGGCCCGGCGCGCCCAGCGACACCAUGUACCGCGUGCGGGUGCGCGACAUAUCGCUGGUCUCUCUGGAUGUGAGCGAUAAACUGCGGAAAGGAAACAUGUCGACCGCGACGGAUAACUUAGCCGAAAUCUACGACGUGACGUGCGGCCUGCCAGUGCUGCACGACACCGCGCUGCAGCUGACCGUGGCCUUCUACGAGCUGGACGACGGCCCGCGGUGCACUGUGGACGGCAAGGUGGUGGAUGGGCUGCACGUGACGGCCAGUCGGGAACAGUACGAGCAGCUGCUGGAGACGCUGCAGUGGAUCGGCGACUCGGCCGACGUGACGGACGGAGCAUCGCCCGCCGCGCCGCCCCCACCCGCACACGAGACGAGCUCGGUGGUGGAGCCGGCCGUGCCCACGCUGCGCCUGGACCCCGCGCUGCGCGCCGCCGUGCUGGCCGUGCCGCCGCCCGGACAGCCGCCCGCCGCCGCGCACACGCCGCUCGAGGUGACGUUCGAGCUGUCCACGUUCACGGUGGAGCUGCGGGCGGACGUGGGCGCCGGCGAGCGCAGCCUCGUGGCGCUCACCUUCCGGGAGUUUUCGCUGCGCCGCGACCGACUGCACCCGCACGAGUCCACGCUGCAGGUGUCUCUCCAUUCCAUUACGAUGGAGGACCUGACGAAGGAUCCCGAGUCGAAGCACCGCAUGCUGAUGGUGUCGCACACGCCGCCCAUGCCGCCCAAGGCCGUGUUCGUGUCCAAGUCGUGCCCCGACUUCGUGACGGAGUUCCCGCACGAGACGGGCUCGUCGCUGCGCCCGCGCCCGCUGUUCUCGUCGCUGCCCGCCGAGCUCAACGUGGUCGAGCGGGUAGACCGAGAGUAUAAGCGUGGCAAAGAGGAAGAAAAGCAAGAGCGUCGUUGUCCCACGCCUCCGAGCUCGCCGGAACGUGGCGCGGGUAUCCCGGGGGGAUUAGCGGGCCCGUCGCACGAUAAUCUCGUUUGGGUGUCUGUGCACACGCGACACCCCGCCCACCCGCACUUCCACGACGUUUAUAACAAGGUGGCUAAAGUGACCAAAGUGGAAUUUAACUGCCUGAAACUAGUUUUGAGUAUCGACAGCUGGGUGGCCGUGCUCGAUUUCUUCGGUAUCGCGGGCGAGGACUCGAAGCAACGACCGCCCGCGCCGGAGUCGAACCAGACCAAUUCGACCGUGGGGAAUGUCAGCGAGACGCUCGGCAGCACGGACGCGGGUGCCACGGAGACCGAGAUGAACGUGCGGUCGCUGUCGGUGGUGGUGGUGGGCGCGCGCGGCGACGCGUGUCGCGCGCUGGUGUCGCGCGUGCGCGUGCGCGUGCGGGACGAGGCGCGCGCCGCUAGCCGCGACGUGCGCGCCACGCUCGGCGCGCUGGCGCUGGCCGACCUGGCGCCGCGGGCCGUGCUCUGGCGGGAGCGCCUGCGCAUGCGCACCGCUCACGCACUCGAUAUACAUUAUCGAAGAUUGAGUGCCGUGGAGGCGGCGGCGGCGGGGCACGAGACGAGUCUCUCGCUGGAGAUGGGCCCCGUGACGUACGUGCACACGCGCCGCUUCGUGCUCGAGCUGCAGGCUUUCGCUCGAGAUUUCAGCUUGCUGCGGCGCGUUAUCGCGCAGGCUAGACAGAAGGUGACGAGCUCGUCCCGCGACGCGACUCAGCUGCAGCGCAUGCGCCUGCGCGUGCGCUGCGAGGCGCCCAUCAUCGUGUUUCCUGUCUCGAGCCGCAGUCGCUCUGCGCUGGCGGCCGAGCUGCAACUGCUUCUCGUCGAUAAUUGCUUCCGUCGCGCCGGCGACCCCGACACCGUCAGCAAGCUCGUCGACCCGACCCUAGCGGAGCGCGAGGUGCUGGACGUGCGCUCGGUGCGCGCGGAGGGGCUGUCGCUGUGGUGCGCGCGGGCGGCGUGCGGCGCGGAGGGCGAGCUGUGCGUGCGGCGCCGCGGCGCGCCGCUGCUGCCCGCGCCCACCGCGCUCGCGCUGCAGCUCGAGCGGAACUGCUGCGCCACGCACAACGUGCCGGAGAUGACGGUGCAGGGGCGGCUGGCGACGCUGCGGCUUUCGCUGGACGCGGCGCAGUACCGGCUGGUGCGGGGCGUGCUGGCGCACAACCUUGCGGAGCCGUGCGACGAGCUGCUGCCCCAGGCGACCGCUCCGCCCGCGCCGGCGCCCGUGUGGCGCACGUGGUCGCUGCAGCUGGACCUGCAGGACGUUUGCGUGGAACUCCGCGGGCCGCGGAACGCUCCGCCUCUCGCCUGCAUCAACUUCAUCAAGUCGCGACUCGUGCUGGAGGCUUACUCUGACCUCGCGCAGGAUAUCGACCUAGUGUCGCAGGAGAUCCUGGUGAGCGACACGCGCUACGCGGCCGAGCCCGCCAACCGGCGCGGCAACGUGUUCAGCCACAUCGUGCAGCCCAUGGCCGACCACCGCCACAGCGUGCAGGCGGAGGUGCACGCCAGGAAACGGCAAGACUCGUCGGCGUACACGAUACUCAUCAACAACAUGCGUCUGAUGGCGAUCCUAGAUUGGUGGGAGGCCGCUAAUCAGUUCAUCAUGCAGUCGCCGCCGCCGCCCGCUGACCCCGACCUGCAGCAUCUGGAGGACACUGCGGAUGGGGCUCAGGGAGCUGUGCCGCCCGUCGCAGAGGGCGCUGUCGAGCUGAAACUGAACAUCACUGACUCGCAGCUCGUGCUGGUGGAGGACGCCUCACUGUGGGACACCAACGCCGUCAUACUGAAGAGCACGACCGUGAUCACAUACCGGCCGGCGGACGCGGCAAGACCCGUUCUGUGCGAACUCAACGAGCUGGAGCUGUUCUCCUGCGUGCUGGGGCUGGAGGAGGAGACGGCGCUGUCCAUCGUAGAGCCCGCCGCGCUGCACGCCGCACUGCGCAGCGACGCCGUGCUGCAGAUCGCCUUGGGCACCUUGAAUCUGCGCCUCUCCUACCACGAUAUGCGCAUGUUCGCUUCCAUGCUGAAGUCGCUCCCGGCGCAGGCUCGGGCCGCUCUCUCCGGUAAAUCCGAGGAGGAGCCGGCCGACGCGCCCGCCAACAGCACGCGCAUGCGCAGCGCGACCGAGCGCGUGUGCGGCGCGCGCCCGCGCUGGCUGCGCGCCGCGCCGCCCGCGCGCGCGCCGCAGCACGCCAAGCCCGCCUUCUGGCCGCUGCGCGCCGUGCAGGUCGAUGCGGAGUGCGUGACGCUGUGCGUGAUAGACGACUGCCUGGACUCCGACGUGCCGCUUCUGGAGGUGUCGUUGAACGACUUACAUUUGGAGCAGGAUUUGCGCAAGGUGGAGGAAUCGUUCGAGGACCCGCUGCUCGUGUCGACCCCGUCGAGCGGCGCCGGCGCGGUGGUGGUGGCGGGGAGCGCGGGCGAGAGCGGGCCCCGUGUGGGCGCGGGGGGCGGCCGUCUGCGCGCGCAGCUAAGCGCCGACUACUACAAUCGCAUACUCUCCGGCUGGGAGCCCGUCAUCGAGCCGUGGAGGUUCGAUAGUCGCUGGGAGUACACGCUGUCGAGCGGGCUGUCGCUGGCGCGCGUGCAGCUCGACGUGCGCUCGGCGGACGCGCUCGACACCAACCUCACGUCCGCGCUCGUGGACCUCGUGCGACUCGUGCGCACCAACUGGACCGCCGACUACUACGCGCCGCAGACGGCGACGUCGGAGCAGUCUCCCAAGAGUAGCCCGGCGGGACAUCGACGACGAUCACCCUUCGUACCCUAUGCGCUCCGGAACCUCACCGGGCAACGACUGUGGUUCACUACACUCACGACCGCUUCGGACGAAGUGCGCGAGAGCGGCGAGGGCGAGCGGCGCGGCCCCCCGGACGACUCGUGGGUGUGCGUGCGCGCGGGCGACACGGAGCCCUUCUCGUUCGGCGCGCGGCGCGGGCGCGCGCGGGACGCGCAGCACGCGCCCGCGCCGCUGCACCGCCUCGUGCUCAGCGUGGACGGCUGGGCGCCGCCCGACCCCGUGUGCGUCGACCGCGUCGGCGUCUUCUUCAGGCACAUCACGCACGCGAAGUCCGGGACGGAGGCGCGCCUGGUGCUCGAGGUGUCGUUGGAGGGCUCGGCGCGCAAGCUCGUGACGGUUCGGUCGGCGCUGCAGCUGAUCAACAAGCUGCCGCACCCCGUGGAGCUGCGUCUCGACCGCGCGCCCGCCGCGUCGUCCGGCCCGUGGAGCGGCGGCGGCUCGCGCAGCGCGCAGGUGGCGGCGGGCGCGCGCUGGGCGGCGCCGCUGGCGGCGCGCGCGGGCGCCGUGUGGGCGCGGCCGCUGGCGCGCGCGCAGACGGCGCCGGCGCCCGUGCUGGCGCCCGCCGCCGUGGACUGGCGCGCCGCCGCGUCGGCGUCCGAGCGCGCUCUGCUGCACAUCGAGUGUCGGGCGCCGCACGACUACGUGUAUAGGUUUUGCUGCGCGAUAGUCCGCGAGCGGUUCCCGCCGGACCGCGGCGAGCUGCUGGCCGGACACACGCUGACGCUGGUGCCGGCGCUGCGGCUGGAGAACUUGUUGCCGCUGGAGCUGCAGUACCGCGCCGACCACGUCUCUGGCACGCUGGCGCCCGCCGGCACGCAGCCUUUCCACCAGGUGAACGUCGAAGAGGGUGUGGAGCUGUGCGUGAAACUCGAAGGGUUCGCCUGGUCGACUGCGCUGAGCGUGGGGGGCUCCGUCAAUGCGGGGUCGUUCUCUGCGCGGCUGAAACUGCGUGAUCUACGGGGGCGCAGACUGUAUCUCAAUGCGAGAGUCACCGUCAAGAAAACCGACGGAAUUAAGGUGUCGGUGUCGGCCGCGUACUGGCUGGUGAACCGCACGGGGCUGCCGCUCGUGUUCCGCGCGGAGGGCGGCGGCGAGGCGGCGGGGCAGUUCGCGGAGCACGAGCUGGCGCGCAUGGUGGCGCCGCUGCCCUUCGCCUUCGCCGACGGUGACGGGCCCACGAUCAGCGCGCGCCUGGGCUCCGGCCUGGCCGCCUCCGCGGAGUGGUGCUCGCCGUUCGGGCUGGGCCCCGGCGUGACGGUGAAGCGCCUGGAGAGCCGCGGCGGCGAGGGCGAGCGCUCGUUCGCGGUGGGCGUGUCGGUGCGGUCGGGCCGCGGCCGCUACCGGCGCACCAACAUCGUCACGCUGACCCCGCGCUACCAGCUGCACAACAACACGCCGCACUGCCUGCAGUUCGCGCAGAAGUGCACCGCGACGACGCUAAACGACCCCGGCGCGAUAGCGACGCACGUGUCGGCGGUGCCGGGCUGCUACCUGCCGUGGCACUGGGCGCGCUGGGAGCGCGAGCAGCUGCUGUGCGCGCGCGUGCUGGCCGAGCCCGCGCGCCCGCACGCCGACACGCGCGCGCUCACCGCCUGGUCCGGCGGGUUCCGCAUCGACGCCGCCAGGAGUCUGCACGUCGCGUGCCGGGAGAGCGCCGGCUCGUACCAGCUGCUGCGCGUGGAGGUGGUGGCGCAGGGCGCGGCGCUGCUGGUGGUGCUGAGCGCGACGCGUGCGGAACCGCCUCCGCUGCGCAUCGAUAACUUCUCGCCCGUCGCCAUCAUGUUCCACCAGGUGGGCUGCACGGAGGAGUGCGUGGUGGGCGCGGGCGGGCGCGCGCGCUGGGCGCUGCCGGAGCCCGAGGGCGCCGCCGCGCUGGCGCUGCGAGCGCCGGGCGGCCCGCGCCUGGCGCUGCCGCUCGCCGCGCUGCACGACGAGCACACGCUGCUCUACCAGAACUUUAUCUACGUGGCCUUCGCCGCCACCGCCACCGCCACCGCCGCCGCCGCCAGUGACGGUAAGCAAGAGGGCGGCGCUGGCGAGGACGAGGGCGUCCUAGUCCUCGAGGUGCCUAUGGGUUCGACUCGCGUACAGCUGGCGCGGAAGCGUUAUGGAGACAGGAGUCAGCUGUGGCGACGCGGGCCGGGCUCGCAGCUGCUGCACGAGGGCAGCUCUCCGCCGCAACCCACCGACGCACUCAGCGACGACUGCACGCUCUCGCCGCACGCCAUGGUGCUGGACAUCGAGGAGGCGGCCCCGCGGCCGGGCCGCGCGGCGGCGCUCGUGCUGCGGCGCGCGGACCCGCGGCGCGCCUCCACGCAGGCGUGGCGCCUCGUGCCCGCCGCGCACGCGCCGCUCGCGCCGCACGCCGCGCACGCCACGCGCAUGGCCUGCGCGCACGCCAACCUCUGCGUGCAGCCCGAAAACGGCCUCAUGGGCCUCGCGCCCGGCGGGCGCGUGGUGCUGGGCCUGUCGGGCCCGUGGGCGGGCGCCGUGCCGCCCGAGCACGCGCUGCAGUGGCGCACGCUGCGCCCGGGCUCCGGCCGCCUCACCGUGUCGCUCGACGCCGACGGGCCCACGAGGCUCGUGCGCAUCCGGGACCAGGCGGACCCCCAGGAGCGCGCGAGCGCGGAGGCGGGCGCGCGCGAGGAGGAGGCGACGCGCGAGUGGGGGCUGUCGGUGUCGCUGGCGAGCGUGUCGCUGUCGCUGGUGGCGCGCUGGCCGCCCGCCGAGCUGCUGUUCGCGCAGUUCUCGCGCCUGCGCCUCACGGCGGCGCGCGCGCCCGGCAGCGCGCACCUCGCGCUGUCCGUCGACUCCAUGCAGUGGGACAACCAGCUGACGAGCACGCCGAGCCCGGUCCUCCUGCACUGCCUGGACGACGGCGCGUCGGUGCCGGCGCUGCACGUGUCGCUGGAGCUGACGGCCGCUCCUCCGCACUACAACGCGGUGUACUUCACGCAUCUGAUCGUGGCGCUGCGGCCAGUUGCCGUGCGACUGGACGAGAGAUUGAUCCUGCUGGUGUGGUCUUGGGUGGAGGGCGGUGGCGAGGCCCCGGAGGGCGCGGAGGCGGCGGAGGAGCCCGACGAGGCGGAGUACGAGACAAGACGCGUCCUUCACGAGCUCACCGCGCUGCAUGCAACGAGAUACUACUUUGCGCUCAUCAAGAUAAUACCCAGUCAGAUCCGCCUGUCUAUGUUUACGGCGAACAAGCUGGAGGGCGAGCUCAGCGCGUUAAAGCGCCGGCUCGGGCUCACGUUCAUUCGCUUCGAGGACGCGGCCGUGGAGCUGGAGCCCUUCGUGCGCACGCACGCCUUCGACAGCGCCGCCGGCCUCGCGCGGCAGCUGCUGCAGCACUUCAAGGACGAGCUGAAAUGGCAGGCGGCAAAGAUUUUGGGGUCAGUGGACUUCCUCGGUAAUCCGUUGGGCUUCGUGGCGGACGUAUCCGAAGGAGUAUCGGGAUUGCUGCUCGAGGGAAACGUCGGGGCUCUGUUCAAAAAUGUCACCCACGGAAUAUCUAACUCUGCCGCCAAAGUCACAGAAACGUUGGGAGACGGGCUGGAGCGCGUGGUCGGCGACGAGGCGCACGAGGAGACGCGCCGCCGCAUCCGCUCGGCCGCCGCCGGCGCGCACCUCGCCGCCGGCUUCCGCGGCCUCGGCCUCGGCAUACUGGGCGGCAUGACGUCGCUGGUGAAGCACAGCUACGAGGGCGCGGCGGCCGAGGGCAUGGCGGGCUUUCUGGCUGGCGUCGGCAAGGGGCUCGUGGGCACCGUCACCAAGCCCGUGAUCGGCGUGCUGGACCUGGCGGCGGAGACGGCGGCGGCACUUCGCGAGACGUCGCGUCGUUCGGGCGGGGCCCCCCGACGCGCGCGGGCCCCGCGUCUGGCGGCGGGCGGAGCGGGGGGUGCGGCGCCGCUGCCGCGGUACUGCCCCGCGCUGGCGGAGGGCGCGGCGCUGCUGCUGGCGCUGCCGGCGCGCGAGGCCGACGAGCGCUUCCUGGCGUACCGCACGGUGCGCGACACGCCGCACGACAUCCGCGCGCUGCUCUCCGACACGUACCUGCGCAUCGUCACGUGCAAGCACGGCCCGCCGCAGGUCGUCAUGGAGACGCAUCUCAGCAACCUGGUGUCGUGCACGGCGGUGCUGGCGGAGGGCGCGUGGUUCGUGGAGCUGGGCGUGCGCGGCGCGGGCGCGGGCGCGGGGGAGGCGCUGCGGCGGCCGCGCGUGCAGUGCGACAGCGGCGAGCUGGCCGGCUGGCUGGCGCGCCACGCCGCGGCGGCGCGGCAGCUGCACCACGACCGGCGCCACACGCUGCUGCCGCACGCCGACCUGUAG